AGAAAAUUAAUGACAGUUAAAAUGAUUAUCAUCCAAACAAAAAUUACCAUUUAUUGAAUUGAAUUAAUAUACAUGAAUCAUAAAUAUAGUAGUUUAUUUAACUCAGACCAAUUUAUAUACUAAUAAUUAUACAUUUAACACUCGAUUCAUAAAUAAUCAUAGGAUUUUAUUUGAAAACCUUCAUUCGAAAACUAAUAAAUCUUUUCAAAUCACAUUCGAUAUAACCAAUUUUUGAUAUUAUUUUCCAUUUUUUUUAAACUAAACGUUGUUUCUCCGAUACGGCAAUCACGGAUUCAUAUACAUUUAUAAAGCCCUAUGGGGGUUGAUAUUAACGCAGUCCCUUCAGGACUGCUACAACAAUGGGAAAUUGUUUCAACAGCUGUCUGCCUCAUCAAUCUAGUGCUGCAAGAACUUUACGAAAUUUUAACAUACUUGAUAAUGAAAGUACCGCCGUUGAUUUCGCUUUUCUCGUUGAAGAAAAUACGUCCACCGCAAAUACGUCAAAGAGAAGUUUUCUGUCUCGAUUAUUUAAAAAGAGAUCAAAUAAAAAGAGACCAGUACUUCAAUUGGUUGAUGGUUUACGUAAUGCUCAGAUUUCUUCAGGCUACAGUAGGCUUUCAGAAUCUCAGAGACUCCCAUCUACAGGAUCUUGUACCAGUAGAGAUAUACAGUUACAAUAUCUUGAUGCAAGAGCUUUGUUACAAAGAACUGCAACCUCUACACCUGCUAGCAGUUUAGAUUUGGAAUGGGAACAUGAAACUUUACCAAUUUCUUUGAUUCAUGAUCCUUCUGGUAGUUCAUGGACUGCACUUCCGGAAGACCUAUCAUGUUGUCCGACUACAUCUAACACCCACAAUUCAGAGAUAAAUGCAAACCCCAGUGAUUCAGAUUGGUCACGGGUUUCAUCUGCCAAUUCUCUUGAAUGGGACAAUGUCCAUAAUUCUAUUCAAGCUGGUAGUAGUCCUCCCCUAUCGGAAUUGGAUACAGAUACGCAAUUUCUUUUAGGUGAGAUCGAGAGAUUGACCAAUAAGACUUUAGAAGAAACGGGCAAGGAAUUGUUCAGCUGAUUCUAAACAUUUAAAUGCGUACAUUUCUAUCUGCGAAUUGCUGCUUUAACAAAUAAGAGAUGUGAGGUUUUUUUAAUCUCACAAACAGAUAAUUUCAAAUAAUUUCUACCUCAUUUAUUUUUAUAUAGUAUUUAACUGAUAAUUUACCUCCGGAGAUUUAUUUUACAAAUUAUUUCAGACUCAAAUUAUCUAACAUUAUUAUUCUGUCAGAUUUCUGCUGACUCCUUUGAGUCAUGUAGUGGCUCUCUUUCAUUUUUAUUAAAUUCUUUUUGAGAACAGGACCGUACUGGUUAGAAUUUUAUAUUUUUUUCGUUUCCUGCUGUAAAAUCAAAUGAAAAUAUUUUUAUAUUUUGUUUCAAAUAUCUACUUAUGCAUUAUCAUUUGAAAUGUUGUAAUAUUAUAAAAACCUAAUAUCUCUGAAUAUAAAAAAAAAUAAUAUAGAUAUGAAUGUAAUAUCAAUUUUACACAUAUUUUAUACUUAUGCAAUGUGUGAAUGGGCCUAUACAGCUAGAUAAUAAUUUAUACUUGAAUUAAGAUUAUAACUUAUAUAUUUAUAUAUUAUGGAGAAAGCUAUACCAGACAUACGAGGUGUAAUAAAAAAAUACUCCCCUAAUUCUUCAAUGAGUUUCAUCCUACUAUUAUUUUUUUUUCACUUUUUACCAUCUUUAAAGGCUUCGACCCAGGUCUAUACCUCCUUUGGUGACAGCUGGGAGACUUUAUUCAUACUUAGACCUAAAUACCAUUUGAACGAUUUGUUUUGUAUUGAAAUUAGGUUGAAAUUAGGAAAUUAGUUCUUAUGUUUGUCAUAUAUAUAUAUAUAUAUAUGACAUAUAUAUAUUUGGGUAAAAACUGAAUCAUUCCAUACAUGAAAUUGUUUUUAUUCUUCAAUCGAAACAAACUGGUAUAGCUAUAUAAAGAAUUAUAUGAAUUUGUGAUAAAUAUUUAGAAUAAUUAGAAAGUUGAUGAGAUUGAAAUAAUUUAUUCCAGUAUUAACCUUUUGGUUACUAAUCCUUACAAGAUUUUAUAAAAUAUUUUAAUGAAUAGGCUUUCAGGAUCUACAUCGUUGCCACGUUGUAAUUUUUAUCCAACUGUGGACAUUCAAACAGUAAAAAACAACUUUCACUGUUACUGUUUACCCCACGGCCGUCAUUUUGACGUAGAUCAGUUGUUUUCUUAGAUUACUUAAUUAUAUUUAUUCUAAAUAAUGAAAAUAUUUUUGUGUCUAUGCUCUGCUAAAGCUAUCAAUGAAACUGUUGGUUCCAAAAAAUUUUAUGAUUCAGUGUAAUGUUUAUAAAAUUUUGUAUGGGUUAAUUUGUGUACUGUCAGUUAUUCUUCGUUAGGUGACUUCCGAAAUACUGUUAAAUCUGUCAAAUAACUCGUUAUGAUAUCAAAAAGUAUGUAUAUAAAUGUUGUCAAAUCAAAUUUCAAAAGGUUAAAGAUGAAAAAUUGACAGUAAUGUAUCUUUAAUUUAGAAUAUUCUAAGAAUUGAUGCGAGAACGUGAGGUAUAUAAAACUGAUUGCUAUAGGAUGUAGUUUCAUAUAUUUUUAAAAGAAUUGUUUAUAUUUCGUAUCAGUUUUUGGAAUACAGAUUCACGUAGUGUCUUUACAUUUAUAAUUUGGAAAAAUUAUUUGUUUCUAUGUAAAAGUUUUGGAAGACUGUUUAUACUCAUUUCAUAUACAGAUUGUUUCAAAAAAUGGUUUAUUUAUAUAGAUAUCGUUGGAAAAUUCUGUAUAUUCAUCUUCUAGAUUAACAACAUUCACAGAAGUUGGUAAUUGACUAGAUACAAAUAUUAAUUAUAUAUUUAUUUCUCAACCAUAAUGCUUUUUUAAGUGAUAUUUAAUUGAAAAUAAAAUGUAUGUGCCUUUAAAUUUAUCUGAGACAUUUGUAGUGAAAAAAGAAUAUAUUAAAUUUUUAAGUCUUCAGUUUAUGUACUAAUUAUUGUCGUUCGAGCUAAUCCGGCCCUACACUUUAUUUAUAUUGCCUCUGGUGUAAAUUAUCGCAACUAGAAAUAUACAUUACAUACAGUUUUGAAAACAUUAAGGGUUGUGGUAUUUUAAACCUUUUUUUCGUACAAAUCAAUGUAAUUCUAAAGUACUUGAUGAAUAAUCUUACUAAUACAUACAGUGAAAAGUUAGUGUUUUAAAACUGGUAUGGCAUGGCCGGACUCUUCUCAUGAUAAUCAACAUAAUAAUUAUUGUUUCCCAUAAUUGUAUCUAGUUGAUGCUUUCUUUUUCAUCCAUCAAAUUAGUAUUGAUGUCUAGGGAGAAAAAUAUUAGACUUUAAUUAAUAUAUAGAUGAAUAUAACUAGUUCCACCCAGAAGUGGUUGUGUUUUUUAAUAUCAGUUUUGUUUAAAGAAAGGGUAUAGACGACACGAUAAUGGGUAGAUAAUUUGUUCUAGAUUCCCACACCAAAGAUUGUAUAUACACUAUUUGUAGCAUUGAGAUAUUUUUGUGAGGGGUAGAUAAAAAUUUUAAUUGGGAAGGUUAACUCGUUAAUAGAUCGGUUAUAAGGGUUUUCAAUUUUCUCAUCUACCAUAUUUUUAUCAUUAAAUCACAAGUAAUUGUACCAAUGUCUAAAGUAUUUGUAAUAGGUAUGGCAACUUAACAUUACUUAAUAUUUAUACAUAUUACAAACUUUUAAUCAAACUUUAAUUGACGCAUACCCUUUGUUGCAACUUUAUUAUAUUGUUAAUUGCUAGAUUCGAAUUUUCAAUAUUUUUUAUAAAUACAAAUACAUUUCGUGCUACACAUAUCAUUGAAAUAAAACUAAAAAGUA